GGGCGCGGGCGCGGCGGGCGGAGGCAGCAGCAGAGGAGGGCCGCCGCCGCCGCCGUUUCCCGGACUAAGAGAGCCGCCGCCCGCCCGCCCCAUCGAGGAGAGCGAGGCGCCCCGGGAGAGAAGCGCGCGGCGCCGACGACAGAUAGAAAAACCUACAACACAGCAUUGGCUGGAGCAUUUGUGCUCUUCUUACUCACCAGUAACACCAGACCUCACCAGCACUUCCUUCUUCCGUGAGAUUUGUGCCUCAGCUCCCACUGGAAACCAGCACACACCACACCUGAUGUGAUUACGGGUCUAUCAAGGAGGAUUUGUGGUUUCCAAAACUUCUGCCAUUUGUUGCGUGUUGCCUAGAUGAGCUCCAGGGUGGGUCCUGCGCUCCUACUCCAGUCCGGUGGCAGAACUUCACUCAUCUACACUUUGUGUGUUGCGCUGGUUGCCCAAAUGACCACAAGUGGGCAACCAGCUGCUUGGCAGGAGCCUGGCUCCCUAGAGAUUAAUUUAAACAGAGUGUAACUUGAUGCUUAUCAGCUGAAAAAAAGUACUGAUGGAUGGACGGACAUUCUUGGUGACCUUCCCUGCCUUUGCUCUGAGAAGCCCCCAGCCAGGGGCCAGGAGCACCCACCGGAAAAGGCCUAUCGUGGAUCUCUGGCAAGCACUUGGGCCUUUUCAAUGGCAGUUAGACCAGUUUCUAAAGGAGUCAAAGUUCAAGAAGUUCAGCAGAAAUCUCAAGUGGCUCAAACUAUUUGCUCUUUCCAAAUUGCAGAUUUUGGGCACUGCGCCACCAGGCCAGAUGCCAGCCAGGUGGCUUGUGCAAGAGAGACAGGAUCUUGUGCCCAAAUGUGCCAAGAGGACUGGGUUUCCUCACCCAGUUCAUGAUUCAAACAAAUCUGUUUGCCACCCAGUGAAACCAUCUCCUCCCUUCUACUGACGUCCUUGGCAGUCCUUCCCUUUCUUUCUCUCUCUCUUUUCCUCUCCCUCCCUCUCCCUCCCUCUCCCUCUUCCUCCCCUUCUAGUGUACAGAGGUGUCCAGGGCCAAAAGGGAGAGCUGCCCUUUAUUUACCACAUCUCAUGGACCCCCUGCUCCUGCUGCUUCUGCAAUGACUCUGAAGAAGUACUUCGUGAAGGCUCUCCAUCGCCUCCAGAAGGGCCCUGGAUACACCUACCAGGAGCUGCUGGUCUGGUACUGCGACAACACCAACACCCAUGGGCCCAAGCGCAUCAUUUGUGAGGGUCCAAAGAAGAAGCUGAUCUGGUUCUUCCUGACUCUGCUCUUCGCUUCGCUGGUAUUCUGGCAGUGGGGCAUCCUUAUCAAUACCUACCUGUCCUACAACGUUACAGCCUCUCUGGCCAUCGGCUUCAAGACCAUGACCUUCCCUGCUGUUACCAUCUGCAAUGCAAGUCCUUUCAGGUAUUCUAAGGUGAAGCCCUUCCUGAAAGAUUUGGAUGAGCUCAUUGAGGCAGCCCUCGAAAGGAUCCUGCACCCUCUUCAGGAAAAUUCAUCGGCGACACCUGCAGCAAAUCUAAGCGAAAAGCUCAACUUGCAGCUCUGGAACCAGAUGCCCCUGGUCUUGAUUGACGAGAGUGAUGCAGCUCAUCCAGUCAUCCAUGACAUUCUUGGGAACAGCUCUCUUGGUCUUGGAGGGCACUACAACUACUCCUCUUUUGGCAACCCGGAAGCAAGGAGGUACAAGCUGGCUCUGAAACUGUGCACACACCUCACCCCCCACUGCUUCUACCGGAAGUUCACCAGUGCAGCCCAGGCGGUGGCCGAGUGGUACGUCCUGCAGUCUACCAGCAUCUUGUCCAAAGUGCCAUUGAGCAAAAGGAUUGAAAUGGGCUACCAGGCAGAGGACAUGAUCUUGGCGUGUCUGUAUGGAGCUGAGCUUUGCAACCACAGAAACUUCACCCACCUCUACCACCCAGACCACGGCAACUGCUACGUCUUCAACUGGGGAGUGGAGAAGCAGCCCCUCGUCUCCUCCAAUCCGGGGGCAGAGUUUGGGCUGAAGCUGAUCCUGGAUAUCAGCCAGAAGGACUACAUCCCCUUCCUCACCACCACGGCUGGAGCCCGGCUGAUGCUGCACGAGCAGGGCAGCUUCCCUUUCCUGAAGGAUCAGGGCAUCUACGCCAUGUCAGGGACCGAAACCUCCAUCGGCGUCCUGGUGGAUGAACUGGAGCGGAUGGGCUCUCCCUACAGUGACUGCACUGUCAACGGGUCUGACGUUCCCGUGAGGAACCUCUACGAGGACUACACUGCUUCGCAGGCCAAGGAGUUGGGGGCUUGUGCCAACUGCACCCAUCCUGGCAGCAAGAUGGCCCCCUUCCGAAGGCAGUACAAAACCAUGUACUCCAUCCAGGCCUGCCUGCGCUCCUGCUUCCAAGCCAAGAUGGUGAAGAUCUGUCAGUGUGCCCACUAUUCCUACCCGCUGCCCAAAGGAGCCCAUUACUGUAACAACGAGGAUUAUCCUGACUGGGCCUACUGCUACUCCAUCCUGCGAAUGAGCCAGGAGCAUCGGCAGAUGUGCAUCCAAUCUUGCAAGGAGACCUGCAACAACACCCAGUACAAGAUGACCAUUUCCAUGGCGGACUGGCCCUCCGACGCCUCAGAGGACUGGAUUUUCCAUAUUUUGUCUUACGAAAGAGACACGUCAACCAAAGUGACUCUGGACAGAAACGGAAUCAUCAAGCUCAGCAUCUACUUCCAGGAGUACAACUACCGCACCAUCUCAGAAUCUGCAGCAACAACGAUUGUCUGGCUCCUCUCCAGCCUGGGUGGGCAGUUCGGCUUCUGGAUGGGAGGCUCCGUCCUGUGCCUCAUCGAGUUUGGGGAGAUCCUCAUUGACUUCGUCUGGAUCAGUGUCCUGAAGCUGAUCUCCUGGGGCAAGGGGCUGAAGUGGAAGCCGGCCGCCAGGCCCCCAGAUGCCCUCCCGUCCGUCUGCGAGAAAGUGGAGGCCUACACCAAUCUGGGCUUCUGCGGGGAGGAGGAGAAGAAGGCAGCAGCUGAGGACCUGGGGGAUGGGACCUCAGAUGCUCGAGGGGCCGGCUCUGAGCCGGGCACACCACCCCCCAAGUAUGACUCGCUUCGUGUGCUCCCUGUGGAUCUGGUGGUGCCAGACAGCGACGAGGAAGACACUCCUGGAGUCACAAAGAGCGAGUGAGGCCAGGAGAGCAAGUGUCCUCCCGGCUCCCCCAGGCACUUGCAGGGCAUCCUUCCCCUCCCUCUUGGAGAGCACAGCCAUCCUCCAGCUCCGCUCAACACAGCAGAAGCUUGGGGGGGGGGGCAGCUGGAGAGCCCUGAUCUGCUGCUAACUGCAUUGCUUUCUGGGCAUAAAUCUGGUUGGCGUAAACAUUCUGAAAGGGGGGCUUACAGCCAAUCGUGGGAAAUGCCUGAUAGUGGUGCACAUCUUAAAUUGAACAGGGGGCCUGGGGAGGGGAGCAGCCAGGGCAAGGCCGUCCGUAAUAAAAGAGGCUUUCUUGGCCCUGCCGGCGCCUGCUGCUGCUUUACGGGAGAGGCGCCUGGUGGGCAGGCAGCUCCCCGGAGGGGCCGACGUCCCAUGACGGACUCCAUUGGAGCUGAUCAAAAGGCUGAUAUGGAAGGGAGUCACUGCGAAGAAAUGGGCCAUUAUAAAAGUUACAAAGCUUGUCACAGAAUAAACCCAGUUUGAGUCAAAA